ACAUUUGUAUUGUAGAUAGUUGAUAGCUUAAUGUGAUUGUGUGGGAGAACAGGAAAAACAAGGAAACUUAAGUGGAGAUUUACAUAUAAACUUUUUAUUAUAUAGUUCGAGGUUUAUACUAAUUCAUAUAUAGUAUCUCAUUGAAAAUGAAUAUUAUCUCUGCCUUUAGACUGAGAAAACUCAAAAUGUUACCUAUACACUGAAAUAGGAAGUCGUGUCGGAAAUGUAAAUAUUUAGAAACUCAAACGAUAAAAACAAGUGCAAUAACUCAACAAAAGUGAAUUGUGUGACACAAAAAUCAACCCAAUUAAUAUGGUCAUAGUGAUUUCCAUAAGAUUGUAACAAAUGUGACAAUGGAGCCAGAAAAACCAUUUGCCUGUACCCUACCGGACUGUGGCAUGACUUUUACAAACGAGGAUCACCUCCAUGUACACACCAAGAAGCACGACAUGGUGCUGCAGCUGGGCAUGGAGCAAAAGGUGGCAUUUGUUGCUGAUCAAACCCCAACACCCACGAGAUUCAUCAGGAACUGUGAAGAGGUGGGCCUGUUCCAGGAUCUACAGAAUGUCAAUCCAUUCGAUGAGGGCUUCAAGAGAGCUAUGGAGACUAAACAUUCCUUGUCCUUGGAGACGAGUGCCAUGGACGAUGUUCUUCACACGCCACACCUGGUGCUGCCGCUGGAGGCCGGGGACUGCGCCCUCUACACCAACAACCAGCGAAACAUCACUAUCAGUCGAUCCUCGAGUGACGAGUCCGGAGCUGUCAAAGAAUACGAAACAACAACUAUAUCAAAACUAACGAAUGAAGUGACGACUAUAAGUAGAGUCGUAGGAAAAGACGUUCUGGACAGAGUCACGACCACCGAUGACGUCAUAGUGAGACACGAGGAGACCGCGAGGAAAGACGGCUUCAACGAAACAUCCGUCUCUUACACGAACAACGUGAUAAAAAUACACAGCAACGUGGAGAUAAGAAAGGACGGGCACAUAGACAAGACGCACGAAGCGAAGGACGGGAAGAUGGAGAAAAUACCGCCCAUCAUGAGCCAGAAGUCAUUAGACUUUGUUGUGGACAGUUUGAAUACAGAAGAGAAGAACAUGAAACGGGCCAAGAAGGACAAAGACACAGAGGAUUACGAAGUCAUCAUAAAACUACCCAACGGGAAACAUGUUAGAAUGAAAACGGUAGAGGAAUGCGAACAGAACGCCAAGGAGAAGCUGAGCAGUGUCAUAAGGAACAGAGCCAAGACACCGAACGUCGUGCCUCUCACGGCUGGGACGCUGAUACCGGUCACCAUAGUGAGUCCGCCCCUCGCACACAACCACAUACCGAAAAUACCGAUCGUACCCAUCACUAACGUCAAGACCAAUUACAAGCGAGUCAAGAGAAAAGUCGGCGACAAAGACGAGGCGAGGAGCGACCGGGGACCGGACGACAAAAUAAAACAAGGACUCGAGAGUCGGAGCGCCGCCUCCAAGAGAUACAGAGAGAGAUUAAAACAGAGUAUGCAUCAGCAGAGCGUAGAGAUGCAGCAGCUGAGGGAGAGCAACUCCCGCCUGGCAGCAGAACGAGCUGUGCUGCAACACGCCCUGCUGCAACACCUCAGGACCUGCCCCGUGGGACAAGACUUGAGGAACGUGCAGGAGAAGCUACAGAACGCCAGCCAGUUUGUAAAGGACGUCAAUAACGGAUAGCACUUUAAUAAAAAAUCGUCCGCUGUUUACA